CUUUUGUGCUCAACCACCCCUCUGUUCACCCCCGUUCUCCUCCUCCCUCUGGCACUGGAGAAAGUGGGAGACAGUUGGCACUUACGUGUCCAUACUGUACUGACUGUGGCAAAAUGGCAGCUUCUGUCUCAUCCGUCCUCCUUCCUCUACCUCCCUCACCCUCUCCAGAGAGAAGUAACCCAGAUUUCAAAAUGAAUCGCCGCCUAUUCCCCUCAAUUUUUCUCCUCUCUCUCAGUCUUUCUCUCUCUCUCAUUCUCUCUCCAUCUCUCUCCUUCUUCCUUGCAAAAACAGUAUGAAUCUUGGAAAGAAAAUACCACCUCUCCAUCUCGUCCUCCUCCUCACUCUGACUCUGGGUUAACGGAUGUAUGCCGCUUCACUCUUCUACCUUUUGAUUCUUAGAAAGAUUGAAACUCUUGAAAUUGAAUGCGUUAUGAAGUUGUACGUUGUCUUUUUUUACUUCUAGGGCUGAUUCUUCUCACCUUGCCAAAGCUUCUCUUGGCUUUUCAGGGUUUUUUUUCUCCUCCUUAUUGUUCUUGUCUAUGAGGUGACCAGCUACAGGUGUGACACCUUAGUUUUUACUUUGAACUGAGUCAGACGGAGAGAGGAGCAGAGGAAGUGGGGAAGACUAUCCUUUGGUCGAGACUUUCCUCCAAAAUACCACAAUUUCAGGUCUUUUACCAGCACAGCUCUAAGCCCUCCUGACUGUUACCAUCCACUCCCCUUCUCCUUCCUCUUGCUCCUCCACUGCAUCCCACAGGCAACAUGUCCACCCCAGUCUCCCCUCCACCGUCCCUCUCCCCAUUGACACUGGCCUCCCCUCCACCUGCAACCUCCCCCGGCAUCUCCCCCGGCAUCUCCCCUGGCAUCUCCCCUCUGCCGUCGCCCCUCUCCCCUCCACCCAGGGUCCCUGUGUUUCAGAGGAAAGGAGCGCUCAAACACAAGAGGAUCGUUGAAGUGAAAGACCAUCAGUUCACAGCACGUUUCUUCAAACAGCCCACUUUCUGCAGCCACUGCACUGACUUUAUAUGGGGCAUUGGCAAACAGGGAUUCCAGUGUCAAGUUUGUAGUUUCGUGGUCCACAAAAGAUGUCAUGAGUUUGUGACCUUCACUUGUCCUGGCUCUGUGGCUGAGCCGAGACCAGAUGACCUGAAGAGUCAACACACAUUUAAGGUCAACACUUACUCAAGUCCCACAUUUUGUGACCACUGUGGCUCGCUGCUGUAUGGCCUCAUACACCAGGGCAUGAAAUGUACCAGUUGUGACAUGAACGUCCAUCGGCGGUGUGAGACCAGUGUUCCCAGUCUUUGUGGUCAAGAUCACACGGAGAAGAGAGGAAGAAUCCACCUGAACAUCAGAGGGGACAGUGAGGACGUCUACGUCACAGUGCGGGAGGCUCGCAACCUGAUGCCAAUGGACCCAAACGGCUUGUCAGACCCGUAUGUAAAACUGAAACUGAUUCCAGACCCAAAGAGCCACAGCAAACAGAAGACCAAGACCAUCCGUUCAACGCUCAAUCCUGUCUGGAAUGAGAGUUUCAUCUUCUCAGUACGCGGCCACCAGUGGGACAGACGUUUGUCUGUGGAGGUGUGGGACUGGGACCGGACAUCCAGGAAUGAUUUCAUGGGAGCGCUGUCAUUCGGUGUCAGUGAGAUUUUCCGGCGUCCUAUCAGCGGGUGGUUCAAGCUGCUGGCCCAAGAUGAAGGAGAGUACUACAACAUUCCUGUGCCAGACCCAGAUCUGGAGGAGCCACAGCCAGAUGGGACUACACCCACUUUGCCUCAGGCGAUACCUGCCCCAGUGCCUGAACCGUUCCCUGUGGUCCUGGCCCCGACAUCUGUCUCAUCCUGUCAGCCCAUCCACACCCCCGGACCCAGCAAAGUCAUAGUGGGCAUCCAAGACUUCAACUUCCUCAUGGUGCUGGGCAAAGGCAGCUUCGGCAAGGUGCUGCUGGCAGAGGAGCGAGGCAGCGAGCGUCUGUUUGCAGUGAAGGUUCUGAAAAAAGACGUUCUCUUCCAGGACGAGGACACCGAGAGCGCUCUGGUAGAGAGGAGGGUUCUGGCGCUCGCCUCUCGCCCUCACUUCCUCACAUCACUUUACUGCGCCUUCCAGACUGAGGACCGUCUGUAUUAUGUGAUGGAAUAUGUCAACGGAGGAGACCUGAUGUUUCACAUUCAGCAAGUUGGGAAGUUCAAAGAGCCUCAUGCAGCGUUUUAUGCAGCAGAGGUAGCAGUCGGCCUCUUCUUCCUGCACAGCAAAGGCAUCAUCUACAGGGAUCUGAAGCUGGAUAAUGUACUGCUUGACAGCGAGGGCCACAUAAAGAUAGCUGACUUUGGGAUGUGCAGGGAGGACAUGUUUGAAGGCGACACCACACGCACUUUCUGUGGAACCCCUGACUACAUCGCCCCUGAGAUUGUGGCGUAUCAGCCAUACGACAAAGCGGUGGACUGGUGGUCAUAUGGAGUACUGCUGUAUGAAAUGCUGGCAGGACAGCCACCAUUUGACGGUAUUGAUGAGGAGGAGCUGUUUCAGUCCAUCAUGGAGCAAUGUGUGUCAUACCCGAAAAGUCUCUCUCGUGAAGCUGUCGCGAUCUGCAAAGGACUCCUGAUGAAGCACCCAGGCAAACGUCUGGGUGCAGGAGAGGAUGCAGAGAGGGAGAUCAGGGAGCAUCCGUUCUUCCGCUGGAUUGACUGGGACCGUCUGGAGAGACUGGAGAUCCAAGCGCCCUUCAAACCCAGAAGUUGUGGGAAAAAAGGUGAGAACUUUGACAAGUUCUUCACAGCAGCUCCGUCAGUACUCACUCCGUCUGAUCCGGAUAUACUUGCAGCCAUCAAUCAGGAAGACUUCGAGGGCUUCUCCUUCCUCAACCCAGACUUUGCCCCCUCCCCUCUCACUGCUGUUUGAAAAUGGCUCCCGAGCCUGCUCACCCAAGAUUCCCUUAUUAUCUUUCAAAUAGUUUUAUAGCAGAGAAUUUGAGCCUGAGAGCUAGCAGCGAGUGUAAACAACUCUCAACCAAAUUCUGACGUUUACAUGAAAAUGCCAAGACACCUUGAUAUUUGAGCACCAUGUCUGAUGUAAGUAUGUAUUAGUUUCCUUGUGUGAGCCAACACUGCAUAUAAUGGCAGUAUUAUAGGACCUCAGAUGUCUUUGAGAGGUCUCUUAACUUGAUGUAAGAAUACUAUAGUAUUUACUUCAUAAAUUAAUCUCUUUGCAUGCAGCUAGUUUUUUUUAAUAGAACUAGGUCAUCCAAGGAAGAUAAACAUGUUUAACUUUACAACCUUUUCCAUUACUAUAACUGAAGUUAUUCUCUGUUGUGUGAAGACGGGAUUUAUCUGUGACAUUUUCCUUGUCAAGAUUUUGCUUUUACUGCUAUACAGAUGACAUAGUAUGCAAAACAAUAGUCAUUUUCAUCAUUUCCCAUGACAGAUGUUUCCUUAAAGAUCUGUUUAUAUUUAAAAGUAAAAAAAAAAAAACUUAAAACAGUGUCGCACACGCUGGCUCCAUAUGCAUUUCAGAGCUCUGAUGUUGAGAAAGGCCUGAAAACUUGAAAAAUCUGAUCAAUUAACGAGGUGACUCCAGAGGUCGUUUGGGAAGGUAAAUUUAGCAAAUAUCGUACUCACUUGCACCUACAUGCUUCAUUCAAGCUACACCCUCUAGUUUAUCCAUCUAUUUUAAAGUUUGAAGAUGCCCGUUUUUACCUUGCUAACCAAUGCACAACUGCUAAGACUCCUUUGCCUCAAAUUCCCACCACCGCUCCAAAAUCCACCUGUAGGCAUCAAGUCUGGGGUCAGGAAACACGUUAAGUUGUUGGUCCCAUCACUCCCAAUAUCUUAAUGUAGAUAUCAGCCGCGGGGAGUGAUGAAGACACAGUUGAGAUGACUGGCUGAAAAUGACAUUUCAUCAGUGUGCAACACUUCUUUUAAGCCCCCCCCC